GAGCACAUUCCUGCUUCUCGUUGCGUGUCAAACAGCUUGACUGUUGUCCCACCCUCCUUAUCCUUUCGUUUGAAAACCUCUGAAGAGCUGCUGGACUCUGGAGUCUGCACCUCAACCAACAUGGAACAACAACCCCUCCAACCGCAACAGGGAGAUUUGAACUGGCGCCUCAGCGCCCACCCGAUCACCCUACUGUUCUUCCUGGGCUUCCGCAUUAGUGCCCUGUUGAUGUACCUUUUCGGUGUUCUGUUCAUCAAGAACUUUGUCCUGGUUUUCAUCCUAACGCUGCUGCUCCUCUCCGCGGACUUCUACUACCUCAAGAACAUUGCUGGGCGUCGACUAGUCGGACUGCGCUGGUGGAACGAAGUCAACACAUCGAGCGGCGAUUCACACUGGGUCUUCGAGUCCUCGGAUCCUACCACCCGUACAAUUGCCGCCACGGACAAGCGGUUCUUCUGGCUUAGUCUGUAUCUCACGCCUACGCUCUGGGUUGGCUUGGCUAUUUUGGCCAUCAUCAAAUUGAGCAGUGUGAUCUGGUUGAGUUUGGUUGCUAUCGCUCUAGUACUGACCAUCACGAACACGCUCGCUUUCUCCCGGUGCGAUCGCUUCAGCGUCGCCAACAGCGCGCUUUCCGGGGGCAUCAUGAGUAACCUUGCGGGAGGACUGCUGGGCAGACUCUUCAAGUAAAAUCGGCGUGUUUCGUACUGUGUAUGAUCUUCGUCUGUCUGUUUGUGCUCUUUUAUCACCGGCCUGAAUCUAUGUGCAAUUCAGGAUUCGCCGACCAACAUGUAGCGAGCUUCAGUCAUCAAUCCAGAAUAUCUUCAAAC